AUGGUCAAGGCUCUUUUUCAGGCACUGCUGGCCUGUCUGUCAGUCCAGUCCAUGCUAGCAGCAUCAGAGUACGCCUGCACCAGAACCAAAGUAGCCGUCCUCGGAGCCGGCGUUGCUGGGAUCACUGCUGCGCAAGCGCUAUCCAACAACUCGGUUUCGGACUUCGUGAUCAUCGAGUACAAUGCAGAGAUAGGAGGACGAUGCCGAUGGAUGAAGUUCGGGAAUGACUCUGAAGCGAACCAGUACACAGUGGAGCUAGGUGACAAUUGGGUCCAAGGAACUGGUACGGAAGACGGCCCUGAGAACCCCAUCUGGACUUUGGCCAAGAAAUACAAUCUGAUCGGCACCUAUUCCGACUUUUCGUCGGUUCAGACCUAUGGCGAAAAUGGCCAAGUUGACUACUUGGCCAAAGCGGACGAUUUUGAAGAGGCAUACGCCUACGUGGAGCAGGACGCCGGAAUCAUUCUGAGUGAGAACCUGCAAGACCGGAGUUUCCGAGCCGGGCUCAACCUGGCUGGCUACAAACCUACGCUGGACCCCGAGGCUUCGGCUUGGGAGUGGUUCAGCUUUGAUUUUGAAUUUGCUCAGACUCCUGAUGUAAGUUCCCAGGAGUUCGCAGUCGUCAACAAUAACGCCUCGCUUUACGGCUUCUCGGAAGAUAACUACUUUGUGCACGAGCCCCGUGGCUUUAAUACCUUCAUUCGUGGCGAAGCCUCUACCUUCCUUACCCCCUCGGACCCGCGUCUACUUCUUUCCACCAUCGUCACCAAUAUCAGUUAUACCCCCGAGGGUGUGACCAUCACCAACGACGAUGGCUCAUGCAUCUCCGCCGACUACGCCAUCUGCACUUUCUCAGUUGGUGUACUUCAAUCCGACCUGGUGACUUUUGACCCUCCACUUCCACAAUGGAAACGCAUCGCGAUCGAAACCUUCCAAAUGGCUAUCUACACCAAAAUCUUCUUUCAAUUUCCUCCCGACCGCAUUUUCUGGAAUUCCAGCUAUCAAUACCUCCUCUACGCCUCCCCACAACGUGGCUACUACCCUAUCUUCCAACCGCUCGACCUCCCUGAUUUCCUCCCCGGCUCUGGAAUCUUCUUCGCUACCGUCGUGACCGACCAAUCGCGACGCAUCGAAGCCCAAUCCGACGAGCGCACCAAAUCCGAGAUCCUCGCCGUUCUGCGCCAAAUGUUCGGUGACGAAAACGUCCCCGAUCCGAUCGAUUUCAUGUACCCGCGCUGGGGCCAGACGCCCUGGGCGCGAGGCUCCUACUCCAACUGGCCCCCUGGCUUGACCCUCGAAGGGCACCAGAACCUCCGCGCCAAUGUCGACCGUCUAUGGUUCGCCGGUGAAGCCACCAGCCAGCAGUACUUUGGGUAUUUGCAAGGGGGUUAUCUGGAGGGUAAAGGAACUGGGGAGAGGGUGGCGACGCUGGUGAAUGGUGGGUUAGGGGAGGGGGAUACGAGGGUUGAGGGGGAGGUGCAAGGGGACGAGGCGCGGUACGAGGUGCUGAAGGGCACGACGACGAUUGAAGAGUAUGGGCCAUUCAAUGGGUGGUACGUGAGCAGUUUCCAGGAAGGAGAGGAUGAGGAGGAGGGUGGAUUCUGA